GAUUGGCGGCGGCGCUGCGACCGUCGGGGGGAGGGGGGGGUAACUGUCCGCGCGGCCCCGCUCUCCUCUGGGCUCGGCGCGCUCGGGUUCCGCUGCUCUCCCCGAGGCUCGGCUGGCCUCUGAUCUCCAGAGCUGACCGUCACCUCGACAGCCAUCAUGAUCCCUGACACGAUACCCGUUGGAGGAGACAUCUACUAUGGUGCUGCUGAAAUUGCCAAAGAGGCUCAUGUGCCCAAUUUCCAAAAAUACAAGGAACUAUACUUGCAUUCAAUACAGAACCCGGAAGAGUUCUGGGGGAAAAUUGCAAAAGAAUUCUACUGGAAAACGCCCCAAACUGGCAGUUUCCUGGACUAUAACUUUGAUCAUACAAAAGGAAAAGUUUACAUCAAAUUGAUGGAAGGUGCUACUACAAAUAUAUGCUACAAUCUCUUGGACAGAAACGUUUAUGACAAAAAACUGGGGGAUAAAAUUGCAUUUUACUGGGAAGGAAAUGACCCUGGGGACAGUAUGGAAAUAACUUAUAAGGGCCUUUUACAGCAAGUCUGCAAAUUUGCCAAUGUUCUGCGAGCUCAGGGAGUGAAGAAAGGAGACAGAAUUUCAAUAUACAUGCCAAUGAUUAUAGAAUUGGUUGUUGCCAUGUUAGCUUGUGUCAGAAUAGGUGCAAUCCAUUCCAUUGUGUUUGCAGGAUUUUCUUCAGAAUCUCUGUGUGAAAGAAUUCUGGAUUCUCGCUGCACUUUUUUGGUUACAGCAGAUGGAUUCUACAGAGGUGAUAAACUUAUAAACCUGAAGCAGGUAGUGGAUGAAGCACUUAGGAAGUGCAGAGAGAGGGACUUCCAUGUUCGCAAAUGCAUUGUUGUAAAGCACAAUGGAGGAACAGAAGAAGCUGGUGGAGCUGAGACUUCAAUUACUCCAGAAUCGCCUCCUGCAAAGCGGCCCUGUCAGGGUAAGGACAAUGAGAAAACAAAGAAUACUCAUCAUAAAAUCCAGGUACCGUGGAACGCAGAUGUUGAUGUUUGGUGGCACGAGCUAUUGAAGGAAGCCAGUGAUGAAUGUGAACCUGAAUGGUGCGAUACUGAAGAUCCUCUGUUUAUCCUUUACACUAGUGGAUCAACCGGAAAGCCAAAGGGUGUUCAGCAUACAGUUGGAGGCUAUCUUCUUUACACUGCCACAACCUUUAAGUAUGUAUUUAACUACCAACCCGAUGAUAUCUAUUGGUGUACAGCUGAUAUUGGAUGGAUUACAGGGCAUUCGUAUGUCACUUACGGACCUCUGGCAAAUGGUGCAACAAGUGUCAUGUUUGAAGGUAUACCAACUUAUCCAGAUUCAAGUCGAUUCUGGGAGGUAAUCGAUAAGUACAAAGUGACAACGUUUUACACUGCACCCACGGCUAUUCGACUAUUAAUGAAAUAUGGAGAUGGUCCAGUUGAAAGGUUUAGUAGGCAGUCUUUGAAAAUCCUUGGUACUGUGGGAGAGCCAAUAAACCCAGAGGCCUGGCAUUGGUACUAUACAGUAAUUGGUAAUGGGCGAUGUCCAAUUAUGGAUACCUUCUGGCAGACCGAAACUGGUGGUCACAUGAUAACCCCUCUUCCAGCUGCUGUCCCACUGAAGCCAGGAUCAGCUACUUUUCCAUUUUUUGGUGUGGUUCCUGCCAUUCUUAAUGAAUCUGGGGAAGAGCUGGAAGGAGAGGCCGAAGGUUAUCUGGUAUUCAAGAAACCUUGGCCCUCUAUAAUGCGUACCGUUUAUGGCAAUCAUGAACGUUUUGAAACCAUCUAUUUUAAAAAGUUUCCUGGAUAUUUUGUCACUGGAGAUGGUUGCAAGAGAGAUCAAGAUGGUUAUUACUGGAUCACAGGAAGGGUUGAUGACAUGGUGAAUGUAUCUGGGCAUCUUUUGAGUACUGCAGAAGUGGAAUCUGCAUUAAUUGAACAUGCUGCCAUAGCAGAAGCUGCUGUUGUUAGCCAUCCCCAUGCUGUGAAGGGAGAGAGCCUCUACUGCUUUGUGACUCUAAAGGAUGGACAUGAAUUCACUAAAACGCUUGUCACUGAACUUAAAAAUCAAGUUCGAGAAAAAAUAGGUCCUAUUGCUACUCCUGAUUACAUACAAAAUGCACCUGGAUUGCCCAAAACCCGUUCUGGUAAAAUUAUGAGGCGCAUUCUGAGGAAAGUUGCCCGAAAUGAGAAGGAUCUUGGAGAUGUAUCAACUCUUGCAGAUGAAUCGGUUAUAGGCGAACUCUUCAGCAACAGAUGCAAAACCACUUAAAAUAGAUUUAUGUAUAUUCAAUAUACAUCAAAAUUCAUCACAUGUAAUUUAAUAAAUAUAUAGUAUGCUUGGGGAAGAACAAUCCUGAUCAAUAGAACACCUGAGUCUAAAAUAUCAAAGGAUAUCAAAGAUCAUGGUGAUAAAUGAUUGGUUUGUGGGAUACUGCAUUGGUAUUUGUUUUUAUGGAGAAUUAAUUUCAAGUAAUGCAUUUGCAAUAAUUUUGAUUUUAGCAACAUUUUAAAAAAUGCAAUAUUUUAAAUAUUUUUGUUUAUUUGCAUUGAGUUGUCUGUAUUUCAUAUAUAUAAAAAAUGUUUGCUUUUUGUGUAGUAUUACACCAAACAUUCCAAACUAUUUUAAGCAAAGACGUUUAGAAAAUUAUCUUUUUGUUUUAAUAAUAAAACAGAUGAAAGUAAGUGUUUUACCUUUUGAGAGUAGACAAGAAGUCGUGGACUUCUGCGUAAUUUUGUUUCACUGUCCCAGAGUUAAGUUACUAUUCUUCUUAUUGGAUUUUUGACCAUUUUGGGAAGACUAUUUUAAAUGUUUUUUCAAAAAAAAAGUGACUUUAGAGAUAUAUAUACGGUAUUGGAAGGCAUGAAAUUUGAUUAUUUGUUUACUCCUAGCAUUCUGUUCCAACUGCAGUGAAUGGUAUUUAUGGAUCUCCAUUUUUCUUACUGGGUGAGAAUUUUUAUUGAAAAUAGUGUGCACUUACGCUUGCAAAUUAUAUUUUACCUUGCACUAGCUUUGGCGCUGCUCUAACUGAUGGAUAUGUAUGCUUCAAUUAAAAUGCAAUUUUUUUGUACAUAUCAUAUUCUGGUUUCUCUCACAAGAUGUGGUUGAAGGAAUACAAAAUUAGCAUUUAACCAUUGUUUCCAUGUUCUUGAAUAUUUUAUAGAUGGUCAAAACAGUAGAUUUACCUCCAGUAGACUUAACCAGUCCAAGUAUUUGUGACUGGUUGAUUUAAGUUUCUAGGCCACUCUAGAUUUGUUAAUAGUAAGGUCAUUCAAUGGUGAAGCUAGUUGGUUAGACUUGAAGGUGGCUAUUUUGUCUAUGGAACUGAUUACUGUGUAAUCAUCAACAAACAUUUCUGCAUCUUGCAUAAAGAUGGAAGGAGGGCAUUAAUGAAGCAGCUAAUAUACUGCCCUCAGUGAGUCCUGCAUUGAUAUCUGGGGACUGAGACAAUUAACUUUAAAUAACCAUAGUCAACAUCUUCUGGCCAAAUACAACUGCAGUGAAUGGUGAAUUUUUGACCCAGACUGGUAGAUUGUUGAUAACAAGGUCAAAAUAGUUCUGAUCAUUUGUAGGUCAAGCCAGACAGCUAUGCCCUUCAGGACUUGGUCAUACAGAAAUGGUAAUGCUAAGCUUUUUUUUUUUAAAAAAAAAAGCCUUUUAAAGUCAUCCAUCAAACAUAUAUAGUUAGUUUUUUUUUGGUUUCUCCUCAGCACAUCCUCCAAGUAGUCUUCAUGCAAAAAGGAUUCCUGGUUAAAGUCAAAGUAAAUAUAUUAACAAAGUAUGUAUAUGUCACCACAUGCACCCUUGAGUUUCUUUUUCUUGCAGGCAUUUACAGGAAAAUAAAAAUACAAUAGAAUUUAUGAAAAGCUAUACACAAAAUGAGAUGAGGGUUGAGAUUUUAAAUGGGAGAAAGGCCAAUUUUGAUGGUAUCAGAAAGAAUCUAGCAAGUGUUGAUUGUGACAGGUUGGUUUUUGGCCAAGGUGUACUUGGUAAGUGGGAGGCCUUCAAAAGUGAAAUUUUGAAAGUUUAGACUUCGUAUGUUCCUGUCAGAAUAAAAGGCAAUGAUAAUUGAUUUUAGGGAACCUUGGUCUCUAGAGUUACAUAGGAUGAUCUGAAAAACAAAGAACAUCAAGUGAGUAGCAAUUCUGUGGGUGAAAUUGCCUUGUUAAUGAGAGAGGUGAGAGGAGAAUGGCCUGACUGGUUCAAGCUGAUGGGAAAGUGAGAGUAACUCAAAUAACCACAUGUUGCAUCAAAGGUGUGGAGAAAAGCCUGGGCUAUAAGUGGAUGGGCUAUUGAUUUCUUGAAACUUUAUCCUACAUUUAAAGCACCCUGAAUGUUCAAAAAUCAACAUCAUAACUCGUUCACCUAAAUCUUUUUUUUUCAUUAAAAGUUUGCAUGUGCUAACAUUUGAGUCCAGUUAUCUAUUCCACUCAACUUUUGUUCUCUGAAGUUACUCUGGAUGUACAAAGCACAUUAUGAAAUUAGCAGGUAAACUGCAGUUGUAUCUCCUAUACUGAAAGUAUAAACUCCUCUUUAUA